UGAAGUAUUAUUAUAACGUUUCUGUUGUUUUUAUUUUUAACGAUGUUACUUUUAUAUCAUGAAAAACUGGAAAGAUGCCCAUUAACAAAAUGUAACAAUAAAAAAUUUGUUGUAUGUCGCUCAUGAUAUGAAUCGCAUAUGUAAAAAUGCUAAAAGGAGCAUUCUGUAAUAAACGAUGGAUAUUUAUAAAUCCUCAAAAGAAAAUUUAUUAAAACAAAGGAAAAAAGCUUUGGAUAAUAAUAAAGCGACUAUGUCUAUGACUGAUUCUGAUAUAGAGUUGUUUUCUUUAGAUGACUCAAAGUUACUUCCAAAACAAAACUUAAAGGAAUCUUCAGUAGACCAACCAGAAAGUGAUUCUGAAACAUUAUGGGCCACUUCUGUUCAAAUGUUUAUACCAUUUCUUCUGUCUGGCUUUGGAAUGGUUGCUGCUAGUUUACUUUUAGAUGUGGUUCAGCACUGGCCUGUGUAUCAAAAAGUCUCAGAAGUUUACAUAUUAGUACCUGCAUUACUAGGUCUUAAAGGAAAUUUGGAAAUGACAUUAGCAUCUCGUCUCUCCACACAUGCAAAUUUAGGCCAUUUGGAUUCCAGUAGACAACAAUGGAACCUUACAGUAUCAAAUCUUGCAUUAAUUCAGUGUCAGGCUAUAAUAGUAGGUUUUCUUGCCUCUUUAGCAGCGGUAAUUUUGGGUUGGGUACCAUCAGGGCAAUUUGAUAUCAAUCAUGCUCUUUUACUAUGUGCUAGUAGUGUUGCUACAGCAUCUGGAGCAAGUUUGCUAUUAGGUGUAAUUAUGAUAGGAGUAAUUAUUUUAUCUCGUCGAUUUAGGAUAAAUCCAGACAACAUUGCAACCCCUAUUGCUGCAAGUUUAGGAGAUUUAACCACAUUAGCCUGUCUUUCAUGGUUAGCUUCUCUUUUAUAUAAAUCAAUGCAUUCUUCAUUGUCUAUUGCAAUUAUUGCAGUAGCAAUUACUUUAGUUCCUUUGUCUGCUUGGUAUGCUAGCAAAAAUAAGUAUACUAUGGAAGUUUUAGAAAAUGGCUGGGUACCUGUUGUUUCUGCCAUGCUAAUUAGUAGUGUAGGUGGCUUAGUUUUAGAUUACACAGUAUCUCAAUACAAAGGUGUUGCUGUAUUUCAACUAGUCAUUAAUGGAGUUGGAGGAAAUCUAGUUGCUGUGCAAGCUAGUCGAAUUUCCACACAACUCCAUAGUUUGUCUCAUUUGGGUCAACUUCCUCCUUCAACUAAAGUAUGUCUUGGUCCUUGUAAUGUUUUCUGUGAUAAUAGUGAAACAAAUCAUUCAACAACUGCACGCAUGCUAAUGGCUAUGGUGAUUCCCGGUCAUUUGACAUUUUCCUACACUAUUAGUUACUUACAGGCCGGUCACACAUCUUUUACUCCAUUAUUUUUAGCAAUUUAUUUAUCCGCGGCUUUAAUACAGGUAUUUUUAUUGUUAUAUAUUGCCCAAGUUAUGAUAUUGUGGAUGUGGAAAAUGGGAAUUGAUCCUGAUAAUUCCGCAAUACCAUAUCUUACUGCUAUUGGGGACUUAUUGGGAACUUUUCUAUUAGGAGUCGCCUUUCAGUUGCUAUUCCUAAUUGGUGAUAGAGAUAGUGAUUUGGGGGAUUGAGCUUAUCUGUAAUCGGGGGUUUAAAACAUUUUAGAUGGGGGCCAGUUUGUUAUCCUUAUACAUACCAUACCAGUUAUUUUUAGACCCAAUAAUUAAAUCUUUUUAUCUCUUAUUACUAGUUAAAUGUCUGUGACUUUUUAGAUGAUUUUACUUAAUUUUUGAUAAGGAUCAUAUCAACUUUGGACGAUAUAAAUUGAUAAAAGUUGUAAAUUAUUGUAAUAAAUACUAUGGUGCUACAGGC